AUGGAGAUGAUCCGGCAAAAGGUCUACCAGUUGGAGCAGGCUCAGCUCAAGAUGAAACAAGACUACGAGGCUGAAAUACGCACACUACGCAUGGAGCUCGAAUCUCGCGGUAUCCACGUUCCCCCAUCUCACGUCGGCGGUCCACCACCACACGGAGGCCCCUCCCAGGCACCCCCUCCAGCCCUUGGACACGGCCCCAGCAACCUCUUCGGAGGCAUUAUGGCUAACCAGGGCGGCGGUGCGCCAGCUCUUGCUCCCCCACCUCCGCCGCAAGACCAGCAACAGGGCGCUCAACACUCACUACAGAAUCCUCCCAACGCCCAGGGACCUCCACAACCUCCUCAAGGCGCCUUUGGCGGUUACCAGCAGGGUUCUGCCGUUAAUGGCUCAGCAUUUGGUCCUCCAGCUCCUACUGCCUCUCCAGGUCCCGGAAAAGGCCGUAAUGCCCGUGCUCCAGCCGGCCCUGCAACCCCCCAGCAAAGCCAGCAGAUGGCCUUCUCUGAUGCUCGCCCAUCCCCCCAGAUGCCCCUCCAGACCGCUGCAAACCCACAGGGAGGGCCCCCUUACCGCACUGUUGGUAAUACUCUUGCAGAGCUCGACCCAGAUAAGCUCCCACCCAGCCAGAAGAAGGAAAGCAGCGACUGGUACGCUGUCUUUAAUCCGGACAUUCCUCGUGUCCUGGAUGUCGACCUGGUUCACAACCUUAUCCACGACAGUGUUGUGUGCUGUGUCCGCUUCAGUGCCGAUGGUAAGCACGUAGCCACUGGAUGUAACCGCUCUGCACAGAUUUUCGAAGUGAGCACUGGCUUGCUAGUUAGCACUCUCCAGGAUGACUCCGUUGAUAAGGACGGUGACCUCUACAUUCGAAGCGUCUGUUUCAGCCCUGAUGGCAGAUACCUUGCUACUGGUGCUGAAGAUAAGCAGAUUAGGGUCUGGGAUAUUGCUAGCCGCACAAUCAAGAACAUCUUCUCUGGGCACGAGCAAGAUAUCUACUCCCUUGAUUUUGCCCGAAAUGGCCGUUAUAUCGCCUCAGGAAGUGGCGAUAAGACCGUCCGUCUCUGGGAUAUCGUUGAUGGCAAGCAGGAACUCAUCCUCAGCAUCGAGGACGGCGUCACCACCGUUGCCAUCUCCCCAGACGGUCGCUAUGUGGCUGCUGGGUCUCUUGAUAAGAGCGUCCGUGUCUGGGAUACCACCACUGGAUACCUUGUUGAGCGUCUUGAGAGCCCUGAUGGCCAUAGAGACAGUGUUUACAGUGUUGCUUUUGCACCAAAUGGCAGAGACCUUGUUAGCGGCAGUUUGGACAAGACUAUCAAGAUGUGGGAGCUCACACCCCCAAGAGGAAUGGUACCCGGAACAGGACCAAAGGGAGGAAAGUGUGUACGCACUUUCGAAGGACACAAGGUAUGCCAACCCCGGAGCGAUCGCCAUAUUAUCUUGGACGUGUUUUCCUGGCUAACCAUCUAUUUACAGGACUUUGUGCUUAGUGUCUGUCUGACACCUGACGGUCACUGGGUGAUGAGCGGUUCGAAAGAUAGAGGUGUUCAAUUCUGGGAUCCUGCUACAGGCCACGCUCAGAUGAUGCUUCAGGGUCACAAAAACUCGGUUAUCUCUGUUGCCCCGAGCCCAACUGGCCAGCUAUUCGCAACUGGAAGUGGAGACAUGCGUGCCAGAAUCUGGAGGUUAGUACAAAUCCCCGUUAUCCCUUAUUAA